AUGUUUUCGUCGCUCUUGAACCGUGGAGCUCUGCUCGCGGUUGUUUCUCUCCUCUCCUCUUCCGUUGCUGCAGAGGUUUUUGAGAAGCUGUCCACGGUGCCACAAGGAUGGAAAUACUCCCACACCCCCAAUGACAGCGAUCCCAUCCGCCUCCAGAUCGCCCUGCAACAACAUGACGUCGACGGUUUCGAGGCCGCCCUCCUGGAAAUGUCCGAUCCCUACCAUCCAAACUACGGUAAACACUUUCAAUCUCACGACGAGAUGAAGCGGAUGCUGUUGCCCACCCAGGAGGCGGUCGAGUCCGUCCGUGGCUGGCUGGAGGCCGCUGGAGUGACGGAUAUUGAGGAGGAUGCAGACUGGAUCAACUUCCGCACGACAGUGGGCGUGGCCAAUGAUCUGCUCGAUGCCGACUUCAAGUGGUACGCGAACGAGGUGGGCCAUAUUGAGCGUCUGAGGACCCUGGCAUACUCGCUCCCCCAGUCGGUCGCGUCGCACGUCAACAUGGUUCAGCCCACCACUCGUUUCGGACAGAUCAAGGCCAACCGGGCGACCAUGCGCGGCCGGCCCGUGCAGGUCGAUGCGGACAUCCUGUCGGCGGCCAUCCAAGCCGGCAACACCUCCACUUGCGAUCAGAUCAUUACCCCUCAAUGCCUCAAGGAUCUCUACAACAUUGGGGACUACAAGGCCGACCCCAAACGGGGCAGCAAGGUCGCGUUUGCCAGUUUUCUGGAGGAAUACGCCCGCUACGACGAUCUUGCCAAGUUCGAGGAGAAGCUGGCCCCGUAUGCCAUUGGGCAGAACUUCAGCGUCAUCGAGUACAACGGCGGUCUGAACGACCAGAACUCCGCCAGUGACAGUGGCGAGGCCAAUCUCGACCUGCAGUAUAUUGUUGGUGUCAGCGCUCCCAUUCCUGUUACCGAAUUCAGCACCGGUGGCCGGGGUAAGCUCGUUCCGGACCUGAGCCAGCCCGACCCCAACGACAACAGCAACGAGCCUUAUCUGGAAUUCCUGCAGAAUGUGUUGAAGAUGGACCAGGACAAGCUUCCGCAGGUCAUUUCCACCUCAUAUGGCGAGGAUGAACAGACCAUUCCCGAAUCGUAUGCUCGCUCGGUCUGCAACCUGUACGCUCAGCUCGGCAGCCGCGGUGUUUCGGUCAUCUUCUCGUCGGGCGACUCCGGUGUUGGCGCGGCUUGCUUGACCAACGACGGCACCAACCGCACCCACUUCCCUCCCCAGUUUCCUGCGGCCUGCCCAUGGGUGACCUCGGUGGGUGGCACGACCAAGACCCAGCCCGAGGAGGCCGUGUACUUUUCGUCGGGCGGUUUCUCCGACCUGUGGGAUCGUCCUUCCUGGCAGGAUUGGGCGGUCAAGAGCUAUCUGAAGAAGCUUGGCCCUCGGUACCAAGGCCUGUACAACCCAAAGGGCCGUGCCUUCCCCGAUGUUGCUGCCCAGGCCGAAAACUACGCCGUGUUCGACAAGGGGGUGCUGCACCAGUUCGACGGAACCUCUUGCUCGGCUCCUACCUUUAGCGCCAUCAUCGCUUUGCUGAACGAUGCCCGUCUGCGCGCUCACAAGCCCGUCAUGGGUUUCUUGAACCCCUGGCUGUACAGCAAGGCCAGCACGGGAUUCAACGAUAUCGUCAACGGGGGCAGCAAGGGCUGCGAUGGUCGCAACAGAUUCGGGGGCACUCCCAAUGGCAGUCCUGUGGUGCCAUAUGCCAGCUGGAAUGCCACCGCUGGCUGGGACCCGGUCACUGGCCUCGGUACUCCUGACUUUGGCAAGCUUCUGCCUCUUGCUAUGCGGAGAUAG